AUGUCACACGAUCUCAAAGCCACCCCUGUGGAACCUUCGGCGCCAAAUGGGGUGUUGAACGGCUACUCAAAUAAAUUCGAAAGAAUAAACCUACAGAGUGAAAAUCCUCUCUCCGCUCUAGUACCCGAACAGUUUAUUGCGAUUAUUCCUUCUUUCACCCUAGAGUCAGGCGUCACUCUCAAAAAUGCCCCUGUCGCCUAUACUACAAGAGGAAAACUCUCUACAGAGAGAAAUAAUGUUAUGAUAAUCUGUCAUGCACUUACAGGUAACGCCGAUAUUGGGGGCUGGUGGGGCCCGCUAAUAGGUAGCUCUGGUCGUGCCCUCGAUAUCUCUCGGUUUUUUAUCAUCUGCAUGAACAGUCUUGGAAGUCCCUAUGGAACAGCUAGUCCAGUCACAUGCAAGGAUGGUCUAUCUCAAAACGAAGUUUACGGCCCUCAUUUUCCUUUGACAACAAUACGUGACGAUGUGAAUCUACACAAGAUGGUACUAGAUGAUUUGGAAAUCAAACAAGUUGCAGUUGUAAUCGGGGGAUCAAUGGGGGGCAUGCUCUCUUUGGAAUGGGCUUUCUUUGGAAAAGAGUACGUCCGAUCUAUAAUACCAAUAGCUACUUCAAGUUGUCACAGCGCCUGGGGAAUUGGUUGGGGAGAAUCUCAACGGCAAAGCAUUUUUGCAGAUUCGAAAUAUAACAAUGGCUUCUACUCAUCCUCAGAGCCUCCUGUCAAUGGUCUCUGCGCAGCUAGGAUGUCUGCACUUCUAACUUACCGAAGUCGAGACUCAUUUGAAGCUCGGUUCGGGCGUAAAACUUUAGAGCGAGACAAAAACCAACUACCUGUGGGACAGUCUAUGGUCCACUUAUCCGAAGAAAUCCAUGGCUCACUUCAUAAUGAUGGAAACAGCUCGUACAGCUACGACUCUCUCUGUCAGCCAAGUUUCAAUAGUCAAGUUGAAUGUGGUAUAAAUGUGCAAUUUCCAAAAAACCUUGCGCCUAACUCUACACCAGAAUUCUCAUAUUCUGGUGAAAAGAACAGACCAACUUGCUUUUCAGCUCAAUCUUACCUCCGCUAUCAAGGAGUUAAAUUUACAAAACGUUUUGAUGCCAAUUGCUAUAUUGCCUUGACGCGGAAAAUGGAUUCCCACGAUCUUUCCCGCUCACGGUCAUCUUCAAUAAGGGAAGCUCUUGCUUUAAUUCAACAACCAGUUCUUGUUCUUGGUAUUGAAUCAGACGGUCUCUUCACUGUCGCCGAGCAAUACGAAAUAGCAUCAGGAGCCCCUCAUGGCCGGCUUGAAAUCAUCACAGGCAUUGACGGUCACGACGCUUUCCUCAUACAACAUGAACAAAUCAAUAAGCACAUAAUAUGCUUCUUACAUGAAGUCCUUCCAGAUAUUAUGAAAGCGGAUGGUGAUUAG